AUGAGCAAGAAAUCACAUCAAGAUCACGGCAUCGAUGCGGCCCCAAGCGUGGACGAAGGCCAGCUCGCUGCCGAGAAGCAGAUGCGAGAUAUUGGCGCAGAGUUGUACCUUGAAGUGCAGCAGUAUUCGAGAGAAGAGCUAGAUUCGGAAAGGAAAGUUGUGUUGAGGAAGAUUGAUUGGGUUAUCAUGCCGAUGAUAUGCUUCACGUACAUGAUCCAGUUCUUGGACAAGCUCAGCUUGAACUAUGCUUCAGCAUACACCCUCAUUCCGGAUCUUGGACUCCAAGGUCAACGCUACAGCUGGGUAGCUGCCAUCUUCAACUUUGGCUAUCUCUUUUGGGCAUUGCCAGCAAAUUACUUGAUUCAACGUCUCCCCGUCUCUAAAUAUACGGGAUCUAUGAUUCUCGUAUGGUCGCUUCUCCUGCUCUGUCACGUUGCGGCGAAGAACUAUGCUGGAAUGCUGGCCCUACGAUUCCUGCUCGGCAUGUUUGAAGCGAGCAUCAGUCCGGCUAUAAUGAACAUCGUUUCAAUGUUCUACACCCGCGAAGAACAGCCCUUAAGGAUGUGCGUUUUCCUAGCGUUCAACGGCAUGGCCACGAUGGUGGGCGCACUGUUGGGCUACGGCCUUGGCCAUGCGCACGGUACCAGUCUGAAGACAUGGCAACUCAUCUUUCUCGUCAUCGGACUCAUCAACUUCGUAUGGAGCUGGGUUUUCCUCUGGGUGAUGCCGGACUCGCCUUCAUCCGCAAAGUUCCUCACCCACAAGCAGCGUAUCGUUGCCAUCGACCGCAUUGCCUCCAACAUGAUCGGCGUCAAAACCAAGCAGUUCCAGCCGCGACAAGCUCUCGAGGCAGCUCUUGACAUCAAGGUCCACUGUCUCAGUCUCAUAGCGCUUGGAUGCGGCGUUGUUAAUGGCGGGGUUUCCAACUUCGCCUCCUCGUUGAUCAAAGGAUAUGGGUUCUCCGGCAUCAAUGCCACGCUCCUGCAACUGCCCACCGGCGCUUUCGAGUUCUUCCUAGUCCCGCUAUGCGGCGUUGCAGCGUCCUACUUCAAGAACACGCGCUGCCUGCUCCUCGCACUGAUUUGUCUCCCACCGCUUGGCGGUCUCAUUGGCAUCCGCCUCACGUCGCUCUCUCAACGCUGGACGCUCGUUGGCUGUACAUGGCUCCAGUACCUGAUCGGCGGUCCGGUCAUCUUAUCCUGGAAUCUCCUUACUACAAACAUAUCUGGGCAUACGAAGCGCAGCACCGCCAACGGGCUAUGGUUCGUGUUUUACGCGGCCGGAAAUAUUGCGGGAGCGAAUAUAUUCUUUGCGAGAGAGGCGCCAAGGUAUUACUCUGCGCUGACCGGACUUAUCGCUUGCUAUUGCGGGAUGGUGGUUGUAGCGGGAUUCUUGGGGGGCUGGAUGGCGUGGGAAAAUAAGAGUAGGGAUCGGAAGUAUGGACAGGGAGAGGAUGAGAGGGCCAUUGUGGAGGGUUUUGAGGACAAGACGGAUAAGGAGGCGACGCAUUUUAGGUAUGCUUUGUGA